GUAGAACUUCACAAGACGUCCAGAGCUGCUGGCUAUGUCACUUCCUCACGCUUUAGGAACCCAUGGACUCCAUGCCUGCUAAGCUAGACCCCAUGACUUGGUUACUCCUGUAAUUGCUUCCUUUUCGUUUUACUAAUAAUUUGACUUGUUGCUGGCUUGGUUACUAGGAUGCCCGCACGCUUUUGGAAGUAGGAUUAAUAAGUAAGGAGACGCAACGUUAGGAUGACAGCGUAUACAUUUUGCAGACUGUUACGGGAAUACGGGCGUAGAUAGGCCUGAUGGCGUAACUAGCAGCCUGGCUUCACGCGUCAACUGCUACGCUGGCUCAUUAUCCCAGCGACCCGGCCGUAUCCCCAUCGCAUCACCACCUGCGCGCAAACACCUCAAGCAGAGGGGAAAUUACGAUUAAUCGCCCCGGCAAAGGCGGAUACGCCGACGAGUCCUCAUGCGCCAUCCCGCGGCCUUCCCAGCCUGACCUCAACGGAGCCCUCACCCAACCGCCGCCUCCACCGCUUGCGGCAUCAACGGCGGAGGCGGCAGCCCUAGCGCGCCGCAUCGCCGCCGCAGCCAAUAGCCGCAGACCCACAUCCGCCAAGACCUCCACCUCCUCCGCCACCGCCGCUCCCAUCCAACGCACCUUGCCGCCUAGAAGCCCAGCCCAGCGACCACCCGUCAACAACCCACAUGCACCCCCUACCUCCCAACCCGCCUCUUCCUCCCAACAAUACCCACACUCCAACAGCGGCAGCGAGCGGGUCGGCAGCGGGGGCAAUGUGGCCCCAGGCGGGGCCAGUGCCGCGCACUGUAUCACCACCAGCAGGACACCCCAUGUCGCUGGCACCUCUGCCCCGAGGGGCGGCUCAGGUGUCCAGGGCGCCUCAGCCACGACUGCGUACGGAAGUAACAGCAACACCAAUAACAGCAGCAGCGACGGCGGCGGCCGCGCUGGUGCAGGCAGUGCCACUGCUGCUAGGAGUGCGGCUGGCGGCAGCGGUGAUGACGUGGUGAGCAUUCUGCCCCUGGAUCAGCAGGUGGCCCACUAUGCGGCGCGGGGGGCCCAGGCGGCGGCGGGGGGCGACCCGCUGAGAGCUGCCAUGGCAGUGCACCUGCUCAACGGCUGCCUCCUCCGCGCCCCCAGCUACGAUGUCGCCACCCGGCUCGCUGCCUCCGCCGCCACCGCCGCCCCCGGCCUCCUCCCAGCCCUGGUGGAGUCCGCAUGCGAGGGCGCCCCGCACAGCCUGCUCGCCUUCAGCACCCUCUCCUACCUCGUCCUCUCACCUCCUGUCGUACAACGCCUUCUCUCCGCCGGACUAGUUGCCGUACUCCUUGGCCAGCUUCGUGCAGCUUCCUCCGCUCCCCUGGAGCAGCAGCUGCUGGUUUCGGCGCUGGGGUUGCUGGUCACUCUGGUGCGGGUGGAUGGAGGAGCUAGGGAGCGGGUGGCGGGCAGCCGGGGGGUGGCGGGGGCGGUGGCGGGGGUGCUGGGGCGGUGCGAGGGGGAGGCGGUGCGGGGGCCGGCGCUGGGGCUGCUGCAGGAGCUGGUGAUGACGCGGAAGGGUCUUGACCAGGUGCUCAAGUGCGAGGCGCUUCGUACGGCUCUGGACAAGAUGUGUGGUAGUGAUGGCGAUGCUGGCGGUGGUAGUGGUGGUCAGAGGGAGAGCGACGCAGCUGGGCAGGAGGACAACAGCCGACAGAGGAGAGAGGGCGGACAACGGCAAGAACAAGCGCAACCUCGGCAGCAGCAGCAGCGGGGACUGCAGCAGCAAGCGAGGUUGUUGCGCUCCACGAUCGCAGCACUGGCCAAAAUAAUGAAGUAAGGCGUUGUAACGUGUUUCGUACCCUAGUAAUACGAGUUGUGGGGGAAGUUGAGGAGCUGCGGAUGAAAAGCGGCUGCGGAGUGCGUGUGAUGCUGGGAUCGUGUGGGUUCGUCAGGCGUCUUUGCUGUCCAGGCGGUUUGAAGCGAUGUCUGGCCUGUGAGAACAUUACCUAGCUGCCUCGGGAGGUGGCGAGACGCUAUGGAGGUAAUGAGCCGGAUUCGUCCCAUCAGCAGCAUGGGGGUAUGACUGGCGGAGGGCUGGAUCCCUUCGGCUACGCUAGGAUGGCACGCUUCCCUGAUAGGGGCACGCUCCUGCACGCUCCUGCAUGAUCCU